AUGACAUCCAACGCUCUGUCCCAUUGCUGCACAGUCGGUUCCCUGCACGAGGGCGAUGCCAAGGGAGAGAACAGAGACAUUGGAACAAUCUCAACCUACUUUGCUUAUCCUCCCGACCGGUCUACUCAGGAUGCGAUCUUGAUCCUGACAGACGUUAUUGGCCACCGGUUGAUCAAUGUCCAGCUGAUUGCGGACCAGUUCGCCGCCCAGGGCUAUUUCGUGGUGGUGCCGGACCUUUUCACAGGUGACUCGGUACCGCUUAAUCGCCCCGCAGGUUUCAAGAUCAUGGACUGGGUUCAGAACCAUCUGCCGCCGCAGACCGAGCCCAUCAUCGACGCAGUGAUUCGGGAGAUGCGUGGUAGGUUUGGGUGCCGGCGCGUCGGGGGCGUUGGUUACUGCUUUGGUGGCAAAUACGUGUGUCGCUAUCUCAAACCAGGCCAGCUAGACGUCGGGUUUAUCGCUCAUCCUACUAUGGUAGAGCCCGAGGAACUCCAGGAUAUUGAAGGGCCCCUCAGCAUUGCUGCCGCUGUCCGGGAUUUCGUUUUUACUCCUGCCAAACGCUAUGAGAGCGAAGAGAUUUUGGACCGAUUAGAGGUACCGUAUCAAAUCAACACAUUCUCGCACGUCGAGCACGGAUUUGCGGUGCGUUGCGACCUGAGCCAAAGUCGUCAGAGAUAUGCGAAGGCGCAGGCAUUCGGACAGGCCGUGUCAUGGUUUAAGGAGUACCUCUAG